AUGGCCGCUCCAGUUGUCCACAAGACCUCUGGCGGAAACGCCGCCUUCCACAACUUCCACAACGACUUCGCCCACAUUGCGGAUCCCAACGAGCGCAGGCGUCUCGCCCUCGCCGAGAUCGACAAGGCUCCCUUCGGCUGGUACCAUGUGCGUGCCGUUGUCGUCGCCGGCAUUGGCUUCUUCACCGAUGCAUACGACAUCUUCGCCAUCAACCUGGCCACUCCCAUGCUGGGCGUCGCCUACUGGAACCACAACAAGGGCCAGAUGCCCGAGCCCGCCGACACUGCCAUCAAGCUCUCGACCAGCUCCGGCACCGUCAUCGGCCAGGUCGGCUUCGGCAUUCUGGCCGACAUGGUCGGCCGCAAGAAGAUGUACGGUCUCGAGCUCAUCCUGAUCAUCUUCGCUACCCUGGCCCAGGCUCUUUCUGCCCCCUCCGAGUCCAUGUCCAUCGUCGGGCUCCUGGCCUUCUGGCGUGUGCUCAUGGGCAUUGGCAUUGGUGGCGACUACCCCCUGAGUUCCAUCAUCACCUCCGAGUUCGCUACCACCAAGUGGAGAGGAGCCAUGAUGGGCUCCGUCUUUGCCAUGCAGGGUUUCGGCCAAUUUGGCGCCGCCAUCAUCGCCCUCAUCGUCACCGCCGGCUUCAAGGAGUCUCUCGAGACGGCCUCGUCGGCCGCCACCUGCACCGGUGUCUGCUCCCUGGCCGUGGACAAGAUGUGGCGCGUCAUCAUCGGCUUUGGCGCCGUGCCCGGCUGCAUCGCCCUCUACUACCGUCUGACCAUCCCCGAGACGCCCCGCUACACCUUCGACGUCGCCCGCAACACUGUCAAGGCCGGCUCCGACGUCAAGGCCUACAAGGCGGGCGAGCACCAGGGCCACCCCGACCAGAUCACGCGUGUGCACGCCAUGACCGAGGACGCGCCCCAGUUCGAUGUGCCGCAGGCAUCGUGGCGCGACUUUCUCGCCCACUACAGCCAGUGGAAGUACGGCAAGGUGCUGCUGGGCACUGCGGGCUCGUGGUUCCUCCUCGAUGUCGCCUUUUAUGGACUGGGCCUCAACAACACCAUCAUCCUGACCCAGAUCGGCUACGGAACGAGCCACACCAAGAACAUGUACCACUACUUCUUCAACUCGGCCGUCGGCAACCUCAUCCUCAUCUGCGCCGGCUCCAUCCCCGGUUACUGGUUCACGGUCGCAACCGUCGACACUGUCGGCCGCAAGCCCAUCCAGCUCAUGGGCUUCACCAUCCUCACCAUCCUCUUCUGCAUCAUCGGCUUCGCCUACCACAAGCUCAGCUCCAGCGGCCUCCUCGCCCUCUACGUCAUCUGCCAGUUCUUCUUCAACUUCGGCCCCAACGCAACGACCUUCAUCGUCCCCGGCGAAUGCUUCCCGACGCGCUACCGCUCGUCGUCGCACGGCGUGUCGGCGGCGUCGGGCAAGAUGGGCGCCAUCAUCGCCCAGGUCCUCAUCGGCCCCCUGCGCACGCGCGGCGCCACGGCCGACGACGCCUCGCCCUGGCUCAACCACGUCAUGCAGAUCUACGCCCUCUUCAUGUUCCUCGGCAUCGCCACCUCGCUGCUCAUCCCCGAGACCAGGCGCAAGACGCUCGAGCAGCUGGCCGGCGAGGUGCCCGGCACCCCCGAGUACGAUGCCCGCCACGCCGGCGGCGGCGGCGCCAAUGGCAACGCGCCGCGGCAGGGAAGCGAGGGUGAUGAGGUCAUGGCGUUGGGAGAGGAGGGCGGGGUCGCUAGUGAGUCGUAUGAGAAGGGUGAGGCGGUGUAA